CACAGAGACAGUGAGAUGGUGUGUGGAGACCAAUUUGUGUGGAGACCAACUGUAACUAAGGGGGCAGAAAUUAUACUCUCUUCUGCUUUUAAAUCUCUCAACACCUUUUAAAACUGUCUUUAUUCUCUCUCUCUCUAAAUAUAUACAUAUAAAUAUCUUUUUUAAUCAAUCAUGGACACAGUUCUGCGGAGCCUGCUUUCUUCUGAAGAGGAAGAGCUGUACAUUCUGGACUGUUUAUCUUACUUCAUGAUAUUUAUGGCAGUGCUGACGUUCCUGACUUUGCUGUUUGAGAAUGUGCCUUAUGGCAGAUAUUCAGAUAGGAAAUAUGGAUUUCCAGUAAGUGUGAGAGUUGCUUGGUUUAUUCAGGAGCUCCCUGCUUUAGUCGUGCCUUUGGCUUUAGUUUUUUGGACUGCUUCCUCCAAGACAGGGCACCUGCCCAACCAGCUGCUUAUUGCCAUGUAUUUUUGCCAUUAUGUACAGAGGUCCCUUAUAUACCCAUGUUUAAUCCGAGGAGGGAAGCCCACACCGUUUGCAUCCUUUGCGCUGGCGUUUGUGUUCUGUAUCUAUAAUGGCUACCUACAGGUCAGAUACCUGAGCCAUUAUGCUGAGUUCCCCUCUGAUUGGGUUACACAUCCCUGCUUCAUAACAGGGUCCUGUCUAUGGCUGUUCGGAUGGAUAAUUAAUCUUCACUCUGAUCAUAUUCUGAGGAACCUGCGUGCUCCUGGAGAAACAGGGUAUAAGAUACCACGAGGUGGGAUGUUUGAGUAUGUUUCUGGCGCUAACUUUUUUGGUGAGAUUAUUGAAUGGGGUGGAUUUGCUCUUGCUGGAUUCUCAGUCCACAGCGCAGCAUUCGCUUUCUUCACCUGCGUUGUUCUCUCCAGCAGAGCAGUCGCUCACCACAAGUGGUAUCUGAGCAAAUUUGAGGAUUACCCAAAAUCAAGGAAAGCUUUGGUUCCAUGUUUGUUCUGAUGAGGAUUACCCUACUGAAGUAUAAUCAUGGACAGUGUUAACAUAUUUAUUUACUCACUGUGCUGCGAACAUAGCCAGAUGGACUGGACUGUGUUCUGAAAGCUAAGGAAACAUGCAGGAUUCAUUUUGUCGUUGAGCUGUGUCCUGAACACCAGAUUGAAUUUGCUUCUUUACUGAUCAUUGAUAAAAACAAAGAACAAAUUGCAGGAAUGGAUGAUGACAAUAAAACUCUCAGUCUCUUAUUCCUUUGUCAUAUUAGUCUAGUGCUGUGUAUAAAAAGUGUGCCUUAUUCACUGUCCCCUACAAAAAUCCAGAUCACUAGAUCCCACACUUUAUGCAGACUAUUUAAAAAUCUUGCUUCUAUGCAUCCCAUGUCUAGAAGAAACACAUCUAUAAGUAGUUGUGUGUCCGUAAAUGUUGUCAGCCCCAUGGACAGUAAGAAGUUUCACAAUAAAAGAGAUUUCAUUGGUUAUUUCAAUAAACGUAAUACUGUACAUUGGGUCAAAAAAGUUUCUUUUUAAUUUCCUGUAAUAAAGGUGUGAUUGAAUGUGCUAAAUGUGUGAAAAAGACUUCUUACUGGUCAUGCUUAGCUUACUCUUUUUACGUUAUAUUGUGGAAAAAUACCUUACCACAAGUGCGCUCAGUCAGCCAAUACAAAGAAGCAAACUUGGUACCUGAGGUUUCCAGUUUCUUCUCCAUCAUGUGGAAGCAAUGAGUUGGCCUGCCUGAGGUCAGUCACUCUGAAGAGAAAGUGUUUAUCAGCUGUAAUCUGCAGAGGCGAGCCUGGACAGAACUCAUCUGUGGAAGAGCGAACUCUCAAAGAAGUUAACACAGUGUCAGCUUUCUGAUAAAAAUCAGUCUGGCCCCCUUGACACAGGACUGUAUACAGUGUGGCUUGAGUUUGCCACCCCAGAUCUAACACAACUGCAGAAGAUAAUUACAAUUUUUUGUGUCAUUGUAGGAAUGUAACCAAACGUAAAAAUGUUAUUCUUAUUAUUACACUAUAUAUUCAAA